CUCCAUUUCUUCCCCUUCCAUUUGCCAGGAGGUGAUGGGACCAGUGGCCAUGAUCUUGUUUUUUUUGAUGUUGAGCUUCAGACCAUAUUUUGCACUCUCCUCUUUCACCCUCAUUAAAAGGUUCUUUAAUUCCUCCUCGCUUUCUGCCAUAAAGGUUGUGUCAUCUGCAUAUCUGAGGUUGUUGAUAUUUCUUCCGGCAAUCUUAAUUCCGGCUUGGGAUUCAUCUAGUCCAGCCUUUCGCAUGAUGAAUUCUGCAUAUAAGUUAAAUAAGCAGGGAGACAAUAUACAACCUUGUCGUACUCCUUUCCCAAUUUUGAACCAACCAGUUGUUCCAUAUCCAGUUCUAACUGUAGCUUCUUGUCCCACAUAGAGAUUUCUCAGGAGAUUUCCUAGGAAGCUUGAAAGGACCAUAUGGUGCAGAAGGAGAAGAGAGUGUGAAGCACACAAAACAGCCUGUGGUGCAUUGUUAGCCUAUAUGUAGGGAACCUUGGCCCUCCAGGUGUUGUUGAUCUACAACUCCCAUCAUAUUUGGUGAUUGGCCAUGUUUGCUGGGACUGACAGGCAUUGCACUGCAGAAACAUCUGGAGGGUCAAAGGUUUCUCCAUUCUUGGGUAGAUGAUGUUAGAUGGAUACACGUUACACAGCAGAAAAGUAGCCCUGUGUAAGGGGGAUGAGUACUUAAUACCUCCCAUGAUAUAUUUUGUGUGGGCCCCCCGUCUUCUUAGUUCUGUGGAUUUUUUAAAAAAAAUAUUUUUUGCUGUUUCAUAUCAACUUUAUGUGAAGGUGAUUGCUCUGGAGGUGGACACUGUUAUCAAGGGUGAGGGUUAUCAAGCAGAAGGAUUAAUUUAAAAGGAAUCAAAUGACUUCAUAGAGAGCCUCUCCUGCAUUUUAAACAACUGGGACAUCUGUUGGAUAGUUAAUAUCUGAGUUUCACAUUUUUUAUGGUCACACCCGGAUUAAUAGUUUGAGAAAAUAUUAUAUCCUUGUAAAUGGGGAGAUGAGUGAGAGAUUCCAGUCACAUUAUAUUCUCCUCAAAUGCAGGAACAAGCCUUGUUGAGCUGUGAAUGGUCUCUCAUUGGCACUUAGCUAUCAACAUGGUCAAUUAAGCAAACUUAGCCACUGAAGAAAGAGUGGUUGUUUGCCCAUUAAACAAGAAGCCCGGUUAUUCAGAAGUAGGAAUGAAGGGCAAAAAUGAACUCUUAACAACCUUAGCUCCUCGAAGAUCUGCCUGGGGCCAAAUUAUUAGAUGUUAGCCACCUAACCAUCAAUUUUUCAUUUUUGAUAACAUAAUCAGCUUGCAGACUUGGCAAAUUUUCUAAAGAGACGAUGGUUAUUCAAUCUUCUUUCUCCUAUAUUUAGCCCUUAGGAGUGUCCUUGAGCACCAUAUUUGCUGCAUAGCAGAGCAUAUAUCAACCUUACAAUUAACUAGAAGUCACAUUUCUUUCAGCCUUUGAGAUUGCUGAUGGUGCUAUUGCAAAUAUUCGUAGUUUGCCCAGACUGUUUCAUCUUUCCAAUUAAUAAGAAAAAUAUCCUUUGUAUUAUGAAUGUAAAUAUAUUUAAUAAAGGUGAACCGUGGGCCAGGCUACAACCCCACUUACUUUGGAAAUUACAUUUUUCCACCUUCCCUUUUCUGGUUCUAUAAUUUUGUUGUGCUCUCCCAUCUCAUCUUGGCAGUCCAGAGAUAAUAAUGCUCAUUCUCUCCUAGCUAUAGAACCAGCUUACUAUUUCUAAUUUCUUGGAUUGGCUGGAUGUCAUCACAAUGGGGAGAAGACCUAGACCCAAACCACGUCUGCUUGACAUUUGGUUUUGGCUUCUGUGUCAGCAUUUGUAUAUGGUUCUCUUAUUGUUUUCUUUUUGUACUAAUAAUACUUGAUUGAAACUUGAUUGAAUCUUGUGCCCUUGCGUGCUCCUUGUACUGUAUUGGACUUUUGAAGAAAUUGGCAGCAUUAGCCCAUUAUUUCAGUUUUUGUUUUACCCAUAACUGCAGAUUAGCUACAAAAGUAGUUUAUCAAGUAUUUGCAGUGGCAUGAAAAUGGCUGAUAGGCUCAGCAUGGCCUUUAUAUAACCACAUCUAAGCAUGGCAUCCAGGGUUGGAAAUUGGCAGAUACAGUGGAUAGACUGUGAAAGUGAGCCUUAUGUAAAACAUAGAAGAUUGCCUUGACUAGGUAAUACUAUGAAAGAAGCAAUCAUAAUGUAAUCCAACACACCUUUUUAAAAACAAUGGGGAGAAACCUGCAGUCCAUAUUAAAGUCGUUGCCAACCUGGUACCCAAGUGUGUUGGCUAGGGAUGAUGGGAGUUAGAGUCCACAACAUCUGGAGGGACUACCAGAUAAACGUUGUUGUUGCGGCAGCGGCGGCUGUUCAAUUCAUUUCUAUGCCACUUUCUCGUUUUAGAGGGGGGAUCUCAAAAGCAGUUUAUAACCAAUACUGCAUUAAAACAUCAAAUAAAAACAUUCUAGAAUAAAGUAUUACUGAAGAAAGUCAUGUAUAACGUAUACAUUCAAAGCAGCACCAUUAACAACACCAAAAUAUUACCUUAAACAUUUCAAAAGAAAAGAUUCCUAAAGGAAGUCAAAUAUUAAAUCAACAAUGAGCAAAAGAAUAAAAUACUACCAUAAGCAUAGAACAUAUCUGCUGCUGUUGCUGGCAGUCUUAGCAAUGGUGGUUCAUUGCUGAAGCGGCUGUCAAAGUUCAGGCUUGAUGAUCUGAGUCUGCACUAAGAGACAGCCAAGACGGUCUCUGCGCUCUUCGGCAGCCUCAGCUUUUGUAGCUGGAGUUAGCCAGGGCCCUGCUCUCCCAGGCCAGUGGAAAAAGGCCUUCCAGGACUCACAGUCAAAAUAUUAUGGAACAAAUACUAGACCUGAAUGUGGAAGCAACAAGUCUUUGGCCAUAGUGUGGCAACUGAGGGUGGAUCCACAACAUACAUUCAAAGCACUCUUAUAUCACUUUAAUAGUAAUGAAGAAUACUAGGAAUCGUAGUUGGCUAAGGGUGCUGGGAAUUGUGGCUCUGUCAGCGCUCUUAACAAACAACAGUCCCCAGGAUUCUUUGGCAGAAGUAAAGGUAAAGGUAAAGGGGUCCCUGACCAUCAGGUCCAGUCGUGUCCGACUCUGGGGUUGCAGCGCUCAUCUCGCUCUAUAGGCCGAGGGAGCCGGCGUUUGUCCGCAGACAGCUUCCGGGUCAUGUGGCCAGCAUGACAAAGCUGCUUUUGGCGAACCAGAGCAGCGCACGGAAACGCCGUUUACCUUCCCGCCGGAGCGGUCCCUAUUUAUCUACUUGCACUUUGAUGUGCUUUCGAACUGCUAGGUGGGCAGGAGCUGGGACCAAGCAAUGGGAGCUCACCCCGUUGCAGGGAUUCGAACCACCGACCUUCUGAUCGGCAAGCCCUAGACUCUCUGGUUUAACCCACAGCGCCACCUGGGUCCCUUGGCAGAAGUAAUGUGGUUUAAAUAUAUGGUAUGCACACAGGCUGACACUGUAAUUGCCUCCACACACAAAUUAUUCAGGAAAGUAUCUCUUCUGGUUGUGUAAGAUAACAUACAAGAAUGGAAAUACCUCCAAGGCAAUCUCACAGAUUCUUCUAGAUUUGCUGAAACUUUUAUGCCUUUGGGGAUGCCGCAGGAAUAUAAAAGAGCUGUCUCAGAUUGUGGUCUAAAUCCCUCAGCAAAAAUGAUGGUUAAAGACACACAAAUGUCAUUUUAUUGCUUUUAAUGAUACUGAAAGCUUAUUCUGUAAAUCUAGCAAUCUGGUAUGAUCAGAUUACAGUGAUCUAUCAUUACAUUGUAGAUAACCUUAGAUUUUGCUUCUUUCAUUUCUCAUUAUCACGGUCUUGCACACAGUGAGACACUUCUGAGGUUUGCCAAUGCAACUCCUCAUUUGGAAAGGUAUUCCUAAGAGACAUGACAGAUUAUGUGAAAGUACAGGACUACUGAUGAAUCUCAGUAAAAUGACAGGUUUCUAUUAUGUUGUCCAUGUGGUGUUCUCCUCCAAAUGUGUGAUGUUUUCUCAUACCAGAGAUACUCCAAAAAGAAGAGGGCAUUAAAUAAUUGAGAUUGGGAGAGGAGGAGUGUGGGAAGGCUGUGAUUUGGGAGAGAAUGUCAUCUGGACAAGGGAGAAUGUACAUACAUGAAGCUUACUAUUCACAUUGAACAACAGUAUGGAUGAGCCCCAAGUCUAAAGUGAUUCAAAUUGAAAUUGACUCUGGAAUUGCUCUGCUUGAGACAAGCUUUUUAAGGCACCCUUCAGUCAACACUAAGCAUUUAAAGUCACAUUGAUUUUGAAGGACAGCAAUAAACUGGACUAAGUCUUUAACCUGGGUUAGAUUAAAGCAGGAGUGGGGAGCCACCACUCCACAGGCAUGAUUCAACUAAUAGGACAUCACCAUCUGGAACACAACAUUUGUUCCAUGUCUCCUCCCCCUGCACAGAAUAUUCUCCAAUUGGAACCAAUGAAAGGCUGCUCUCAAACCUAACAGCUAUACAGGAGACCUUUAUAAGGCAGGAAAACUCUUCAGUGCUCCAAUUUUUUAUUUUGGAGGCAGCUGAUUUCAAGCCUAAUUACUGCAUGGGAGAGGCAGGACUCAGCUAUACAAUGCAAAUAAAACGUUUUAAGUGUGUUUUAAGUGCAAUAUACAAUGUGACACAAGAUGGCGUUGGUGAUUCUUAUGGAAAAUUCAAUGUUUGUUUGUUUUUUUUUUAAAAAAAAAGCAUUGAAGAUCACUCCCAAUGCAGCAAUUAAGUGAGGGAUACGGAGCUAAAAUUCUUCUGUCAAGCUAAAGUGUGCGAGUUUUAUGUGUGGAUACUCGUGGGUUUUAUGUGUUGGUGGGUAUGAUUGAUAAUGUGUGUGGGAAUGUACAUGAAUUAAUGCAUGAAUGGAUGUGUGUAGAUGAUACAAAUGUGUUUAAGAGAGAGGGUGGUCUUCUCCACUUUUUGCACUAGCUCUGUCCAUCAGUGGCCUGAGAGAAUGUGGCCCAUGAGAGUGAAAACUUUCCCCUCUCCUGCGCUAACAAAUCUUAUUGCUGGCAAAGGUGUGUCCCCAUCUGAACUAAUGUCAGAUUUUAGGGAAAUUGUCAGAAAUACUGAAUGAGGACACCUGCAGUGCAGUUGGUGACUCCAAUGUCAAAGUUUCUUGUAUUUUCAUGAAAAGAAGAUCGAUUUAUUUCUAGAUAAAUAAAUAGAGACAUUAGCAAAGCAGGUACUGUUUAUGUCCUCAUGGAAAGCUUUUGUCACAUGACUGUAUACAUUUUUUAAAAUCUAGAUAUAUAAUUAUCCAUUGUCCUAAAGCCUGCUUAAAAAGACAUUUCUAUUGAAAGAAGAUUUUAGCAGGACAAAGGCUGUCCUCUUAACUUUAUUAUUCUUUUCUUUAAUCUAAAACCUUGAUUUCCCCAGUGUCAUUAUACACAGCCCAGAAUUAUUUCAUCUAAAUUCUCCUUUAUAGAAUUUUCUGUAGGUGAUUAUGCCAUAUCCCAUCCUAUUGUUCUUCAUGCUGUCUCGUAGGGUAGUCAUAGAAAAUUGAACAGGGAUUAAAGCAAUGAUAAUAUUCUAUUCAUCUUAUUCUUAAAGCCUGUAAGCUUUAAAUAAAGGACAAUAUCAUUGAAGCUCCUAGUUCCCUUGGGGAAAAUCAGAAUAUAAAACUGGAUGGGCAGGGUAUAACUUUUGAGAUUAAAUAUUUUAACUAAAUUUGUAUAUACAGCUUCAAAUUUUCCCCUUUGUGACAAUGAAGAGUAUAUAUAUAUAUAUACACAUACACACACACAUAUACAUAGUCCCCAAACAGUUCUGUUUUAAAUUUUUGUAUGUUUGUUUCCAGGACUGCACAGCAGUUCAGUGAGAACAGAAGCCUGUGGAACUUAUGAACAGUUAUAAAAGCUUAUAACCAGGUGGUCUGUUGAGACUCCAGCCAUCUGGAGAUUCAGUUGCACUGGGCACAGAGCUUCUGGGUUGCUGUAGCAGGUGGUGUAACUAUGAAGUCCAACAGAAGGUAGGAGGCGGGGGGGGUGCGCCAAAUUUUGGCGUCACACGGUGUGCCACUGAAAUUUUAGACGUCAAGGUCUAUCACUGUUUGGAGGGGAGGGUCACUGAAAGCUCCUAACCAUUUUAUAAUAUUUGAGGAUCUGUUUGUGGAUUUUGUUUGCUUGUUUGUUUUUUAAAGAACAUUAUAUAUGUGUGUGUGUGUGUGUCUGUGUGUGUGUACAUAUAUGUGUGUGUGUGUGUAUUCAUUUAUUCAAACUGUAUAUUGCCCUUCAUCCAAGGAUCAUAGGGUGGUUCACAACAUAAAAAUCCAAAAUGAGAACAUAAAAUACAUAAUAAAACAAAAACAAACACAAACCAAUACUGUAGUACUACUCUCACAAACACAUUAAAAAGGCCAUACAAUGUUCCAUCAGCCAAAGGCCGGGUUACAAACAUUUUCUGCUGGUGAGAGCCUCCCUGGGGAGAGCAUUCAACAGACAAGGAGCCACCACAGAAAAGGCCUGUUUUUGUGUUAAACCUCUUCUGUUGUGUUUUCCAUUGCUGCUGUUGGCCACCUGAUUUCUACUGUGCUCUUGGAUUCACAAAGUGACUCAGUUCUGGUCUACCAUGUUUUACCAUCUGUAGCUAUCAGCCAUGCUGACUAGAGCUGAUGGGAGUUGGGCUCAAGAAAAUAUGGCGGGCCACAGGUUCUCCAAUCCUGAUUUAAGCCAUAUUGUGGCAAAUGCAAAACCUGCACACCAGCAUCAGCCACCACCACCACCAGGAAUUUGUGUUUCUUUCAUAAAGAAUAUCCGUACAAUAGAACUGCUCCAGCCCACCAUUUGCAAGCAAAAACCUUGCAAAAAAUAAGAUGUGUAUGAGAGCCACUUACACACAUGAUAAACUAAUCAUCAUAGCAUAGAUCUGUUUAAGCCUCAAGGAUGAUCGUAUCAGAUUACAGAAUUGGGGCUGCUUUUGUUAGAUACAAUAUUCUUUUAGUGGCUGCUCACAAGGCAAGUUUUGUGAAACUCUAUCUAAUGAGGACUUCAGACACAGCAGCAUGGGCUUUAUGACUGCUUGAAGAGCAGAAGAAAAAUGCCAGGAGAGCUGAAGUAAUUAGGUCCUUGGUGUAAAAUUAGCUACUAUGUUGUAGGCAAGAAUGGGGAUGGAAAUGAGAGUUCUGGAGGAAAGUAAUUGUUUCUCAUAGUCUAGGGUGCAAAUAAUAUAUUAGUAGGUGAUGGGGGGGGGGACUCAGUGGGAGCCAAAAAUUAUAAUUAUGAUAAGUGCCUGUGGCAUGAACUCUAUGAAAGUAAAGAGAGGACAGCCAUUGUAGGAAAUACCACAUAUCUAAUGAUGAAGUCAAGAGAUGAGGCAAGUCUCUAGGUACUCUUGAGCCAUGGCUGUGCCAGUUUUGUGCUAGAAUCUCCUAUGUGUUAGUAUUUUUUAAUAGCAGUAGCAGUAAUUCCCCCUCUCUUCUCUUUACCUCAGCAAACAAGUAUUUCUCUUGCUGUAGCAGCCUUUGCUGGAUCCUGCAGCCUUAUUUCUACACAGUAAAAUAGCUCAAGAGGCUGCUCUGAAAUUCCAUUCCCUCCUGACUAGGACAAACAGUAAAUCUUGACUUUCAUAUAGUUUACGGCUAAGAGAAGCAGCUCUCCACCAUUGCCAUUAGCUGGUCUCUGAAGGUUACUGAGCUAUACAGCGCAUCACGCACUGUGUAUUGAUCUGUAAAUGAGCUAGAGAAGAGACAGGCAAUGAUACCUCUGUAGAAAUAGGUAGAACCAAAGCUCUCUCUGGGCAAUCAGAAACAAAGAGUUAAGAAGACAGAGCAGAGGCCAAUGGAGAAGAUUUCCCAAGGAUAUACAGGGCUGAAUCUGACCUUGGAUGGUAGCUUAAGGUUACCAGAUAUUUUGCUGCAGCGAUGGCAGUGACAGAGGAGCCGCCGCUGCCGCCUUGACCUCAACUGCCAUGUUUCCCCUUCCUCCGAGGUGUCUAUCUCCUUUCUCCAUGAGCCUGGGCAGCCCCUGAGUUGUUGUUUCUUCGGUGGUGGUGGUGAAGUGGUGCGUGGUGGGUCAGGCAUAGAAGGCAGAGAAGGAGGGCUGAGAGCGGCAGCGGUGAGGCUCGGGCAGUGCAAUGCCUCCCUUCCCAUCGGAGCAGCCCCAAUCCCAUUCCUACUUGCGUGCAAGCAGAAGGGGGCGAGGAUCACUCAGCUGGGAAGGGAGGCUUCCCAUUGCCUAACUGAGAGAUCCCUGCCCCCUCCUGCUUGCACACAAUCUCUGAUAGGCAGCAGGAAGCCUCCCUUCACAGCUGAGAGAUCCCCGCCCUGCUCCUGCUUGCACGCAAGAAGGAGUUGGGAGGCUGCUCCGAUAGGCAGCAUGAAGCCUCCCUUCACAGCUUAGUUGCUGGGGUCAGGGAAGGUGGAGGCAGCCCGGAAGCUGCAUCUUAGAGCCCCUGCACCACCAUCAUAUGGGGACUUCCGAGCAGCUCCUGAAGCCAGCCAGAGCCAACUGCUCCGGGCUGCUGAGACUGCCACUGCUGUGUUUCCCAGAGACAUUAGAUGAAAUCCGGGGACAUUCCGGGGAUGGAAUUUGUUCGGGGACUUAUUCGCAAAUCCGGGGAUUGUCCCCAGGAAACGGGGAUGUCUGGUAACCCUAUGGUAGCUGUUAUGCUGCAAGAAGAAGCUACUGCGGAAACCUUACUGCAUGAGAUAAGCAGGGCACAGCUAUGCAAAUUGUUUUCUUUUAUUUCAGGAUUUUUAUCCCAUCUUCCCAUACAAAAGGUGUCUUAUAAAUUUUAAAAUCAAUGCAAAUUUUACAAUAAAAUCAUAUAAAGACAAUGGCUCAGUCCAUUUGCUGCACUGAAAACGAGCAUUGUCCUUGUGUCCCUGCACUUUCAGAUAUGUCUACAAAUCUGGUUUUCACUUCUGCUUCAUAUUCAGAGUUUAAAAUGUAGUUUCCUGGUUUAAACUUAACAAUAAACUGUGGUUUAACAAAAUCUUGUAAUGCAUUGAGGACACAACACUUAAACCAUGGGUUACCAGACUGAAAAUGUCACAUCUGAACUAAACUGAUAAUAAUUAAUGAUAAAGGCAACCCUAGAAAAACCUUUCCUAUUGAAUCCAAUGGAAAUUACAUCUGAGUGGAUGUGCAUAGGAUACCGGUAGCACUAUAAGCACAGCAAAAAUGAGCUCUGAAAUAAAGUGUAAUACAAAUUCAUGAAAUUACAAGCAUUUAAACAGCAGUAGAAGCAGCAGCAGCAUUUGAAUUCAAGUUCCUGCAUUUCAAACACUGCUUUUGAAGUUAAAAGGGACUAUUUGAUAAUGCAGUUCUUAUUGUUAAAUUAUUUGAAUGUAAUUUAGAGUUUGUGAAUUUUCAAAUUAUUUGUGCAUAUUGUGGUAGCCUGCAGACUAAUUCAAGAAAGUAUGGGAAAACAUUAAUCUUCUCAAAUAAUGUUAAGGCAAAUUAAUUCUUUCCUACUUUUGAUUUUCCAUUGGAUCCUAUACAUUAGUUUUAUGCUCCUUGGUGCUGGUUGUUUCUAAUUCUUUUAGAUUUUAUAAUGCUCUUUUUAUAUUUAAUGUUCUUGAGUUAUCUUUUGCUUUGUUUUCUUUUGUAAUUUUAACUUUUUGUAAACUUCUUGGGAAACUGCUGAAGGAUGGGUCUACAAAUAAAUAAAUAAACAAAGCAAAACAAAAUCUAAAAUUCAUAAAUCCAGCAGCAUCCACAGUUUGAAAAAGUCUAAUUAUAUAAUAUAAAUUUGAAUGUUCGCAAAUAAAAUUAAGUUAGGAGAAACUAUUCUCACUAAUGAAAGCUUGGGAUGGAUGCUUCUAUCUAUCUUGGUUUCCCAGUUUUUCAUUUUUCAAAUCAUAAGUUCAGUUCAUCAGCUUUACACAGCAGUUUAAAACUUUUUUUCAAAGGUGUCAUGAAGAUUUGUCAUGAAGAUUUUUCAAAUGUGUCAUGAUGGUGUUUUAAUGCACCUUCCCCUCUAAUAUGCAUUUUUGUACAUAGUUCUCUGACUGGAUAAGUGCAUCGCAACAUUUGGAGAAGUGAAAAUUUCAAAGGAUAGCUGUGUUUUGGUAUGCAUAUUGCUCUGAGAUGUUUGAGUUAGGCAGGCUUGUAUUAAAGUGAACAUUGGCUUGGAUUCAACUAACUCAGUGCACUAGUGGAAGCCAGCACAAGAGCUCCUCCUGCUGCAAUGGGGCUUCCCUCCAACCCUGCACCAAAUCUGUUCUGUAGGAAUAGAGAACCCCUCAAUAUAGGUCAUGGGAUAGGAGGAAGGGGGAGCAGAGCGCAAGGAGUCUUGUUUUUGUUUUGUUUUUUGGAACAAUUUUUCUUGUCUUGACCCUUUAAAGACUGUAUGUAUUUUUGAGGGCUUCUAUAAAUUUCAGACAGAAGCUUACUUCUUUGAUAAAACCCUUGCUUUCAAAAGUGAUUGGAUCUGUAACAAAACUACUUAGUCAGCAGCUCCACAGAAUGGUGUUUAGUGUCUUUUUUUAUAUAUAUAUAAAAUCUGAACUCAGACAAGCAUUGCUUUAUUUGACCUGGAAAAUCUAACUUAGGUCCAUAAAGGUAAAGGUAAAGGGGCCCCUGACCAUCAGGUCCAGUCGUGUCCGACUCUGGGGUUGUGACGCUCAUCUCGCUCUAUAAGCCGAGGGAGCCGGCGUUUGUCCGCAGACAGCUUCCAGGUCAUAUGGCCAGCAUGACAAAGCUGCUUCUGGCGAACCAGAGCAGUGCACGGAAACACCAUUUACCUUCCCGCCGGAGCGGUCCCUAUUUAUCUACUUGCACUUUGAUGUGCUUUUGAACUGCUAGGUGGGCAGGAGCUGGGACCGAGCAACAGGAGCUCACUCCAUUGCAGGGAUUCGAACCACCGACCUUCUGAUCACCAAGCCCUAGACUCUGUGGUUUAACCCACAGCACCACCUGGGUCCAUAGCAGUGACAAAACCUUAGCUUGAAACACUCCAUGGGAUGUGACCUUAAACCAUGAUUUGUAACUAUCUGGUGAGUUCCUGUUGUGCUCAGUGGAGAUUUGAACCUUCAAUCCUAGUCCAACACUUUAGCCACUGCACCAUACUAUAUAUCAUUACAGCCCUACAGUUCCUAUGUUUCCUCGUCUGCCAUGGGUUAUAAUGAAACAGAUUUAAGAUUGUUUUAAAUUCAAAGUGCAGACAUCCUACAUGUCUUCUGGUGCUGCAGUGGAGACAUGGCUUUGUCCAGGUUGUAGAUGGGUUGUUCAGAUUAUUUCCUGACACAUGCUCUAGACAAGGGGUGAGGAACCUGUAGCCUUUCAGAUGUUGCUGGACUGCCACUCUUGUAAUCCCUGACCAAUGGCCAUACUGGGUUGGUCUGAUGGAGCCCAACAAUGUCUGGAAGGUUACAGGUUACCCAUCUCUGCUCUAGACUAUUUAGAGACCUGCUGAGAUGAAGGUCAAAUACAGGAUUGGACAAUCCAGAAGGCAAUGGAAAGCAAUGAACAGUAAUGUAAUCAAAAGUCAUUUACGAUUGAUCUGCUUGUGUCUUGAUAACAACAACAACAACAACAACAACAACAACAACAACAACAACAACAAUUUAUUAUUUAUACUCCGCCCAUCUGACUGAGUUUCCCCCGUCACUCUGGGCGGCUCCCAACAAAAUAAUAAUAAUAAAGCGAUAAAACAUCAAACAUUAAAAACUUCCUUAAACAGGACUGCCUUCAGAUGUCUUCUAAAAGUCAGAUAGUUGUUUAUUUCCUUGACAUCUGAUGGGAGGGCGUUCCACAGGGUGGACGCCACUACUGAGAAGGCCCUCUGCCUGGUUACCUGUAACCUCACUUUUAGCAGUGAGGGAACCGCCAGAAGGCCCUCGGAGCUGGACCUCAGUGUCCAGGCAAAAUGAUGGGGGUGGAGACGGUCCUUCAGGUAUACUGGGCUGAGGCCAUUUAGGGCUUUAAAGGUCAGCACUAAAGGUCAGAACCAUCCCUUGAUCCAGGUCACUAUUUUAGAAUGCCCUUAAUUCAAAUCAUAGUACAACAUCUCAGGGCUUAUACUAGACAGGAAGGACAAAGGGAAUUCUAAUAGGAAGAUGAGUCUGUUUGCAGCCAUACACAAGGAAGGGGUCAGAUUCAGAAUAUUAAAUGACACAUCUAUAAAGCUUAAUUCUCAUCCUCAUUCUUAUUUCUAACCAGUCCUUUGAAUACAACAAAGCUGCUUCUGAACAGGAAAUAUAGGAUCAACCCAUAACUCUAUCAGCAAGGUAACAUUGUAUUAAACUGAACUGAUACAGCAGUAUUAAACCCUAAGGAAAACUAAAGCUAAAUUGGUAAACGAGUUAACAUUAGUAAUGUCUUCACUUCACACCAUUUUAACUAAAUACAUGUCAAUAUCUAGACUCGGAAGAGAGCAUAAUUAAAUUUAGCCAAAGUCUUGAUUGUAGAAUAAUCUAAUGCCUAGCAAAUGAUACAUUAGUUUUAAGGAGUACAGAAUUGAGUUUUAUGUGAUAAUCUUAUAUUUAUUCUAUUCUAUUUAUAACAUAUAUCGCUAUACUAAUUUAAUUUACUGAACAUUGUAGAGGAAAAGCAAAGGGACAUGGACUAAGCCAUUUAUUAAAUAUUGACGGCUGAGUGCAAGUUUUACAUUUGAUCUGUCAGCCAUGUAUUCACCUGAGGCAUGUGCUCAGUGAAUGUGAAGGAAUGGGGGUAAUGGUGUUCAAAAUUCAAAUAUUUCAUCAGGCUUUGUUAACUCUGUAGACUGCUGCUCAGGGAAUGGGGAUUAAACUUUUUUUCUUCAAGCAGAAGGAAUACUUUUUUUAUUCACGGGGGCAGGAAAAUUAAAAACCCAUCUUCUAGUGCAGGAGUCAGCAAACUUUUUCAGCAGGGGGCCGGUCCACUGUCCCUCAGAUCUUGUGGGAGGCCGGACUAUAUUUUGAAAAAAAAAUGAAUUAAUUCCUAUGCCCCACAAAUGACCCAGAGAUGCAUUUUAAAUAAAAGGACACAUUCUACUCAUGUAAAAACAUGCUGAUUCCCGGACCGUCCGCAGGCCAGAUUUAGAAGGUGAUUGGGCCACAUCUGGCCCCCAGGCCUUAGUUUGGGGACCCCUGUUCUAGUGGCAUGGUUGCCGUAUUUUAUUUUAUUUUUUUUAAAAAAGCUCAGUAAAUUAGAAUAUUCAAAACUGAUCUCAUGCUAACUUUUACAGCUCAGUAGUGGAGCACAUACAUGCAGAAAGUCCUGAGUUCAAUCCUGUUAGAUCAGAGGUAGAGAACUUCAGGGUCAGCCAGGGCGUAAAUGUGACCCUAGGCCCCUCUACCUGCCCCUGAGAACUCUCCCAGGGCUGCCCUUCACUAGCCUUGCUUUGCCCUGGCAGAAGUGUGUCCUUAGCUCUGAUAGACUCUAGUUUGUCUGAAUGGAAGCUAGAGGGGAGUGGCAUGUGUAUAGAAACUAGCCUACUGCAAAGUUGUUGGGUUUUUUAAAAAGUGGGUGGAGCAGCGAGCUCCUGACAGCUUGUGACCCACAAGCUGGGAAACACUGUUCUGAAGCCUCACAGACAUGUGCCAGGACUUCUGCUGCGGUCUUCACCCUGGUCCAACAACCUGGCUGCCUCAGGCGCUCAGCAACCCAGCUGACUCUGAGCUGCGGAGCUCUCUUGCAGGCUGCCUCUUAGGAGACCCACUCUUUCCCAGAGACCUCCUUCAUUCCAGUCAGUGAUUUCAGCUCCUGGCUUUUCUCAGACUUCCCAAGUCCCUGUGUCCAUCUUGAUGUUCUCCACCUGCCUCCACCCUCCAGCUCUUCCCUCUCCAUCAUACAGAGACUUUGCUUUGACUUUCACUUGAGGCUGUCCUUUUGUUUCCAACCAGGGUCUCACUCUAGCCAGUCACUUCAAAUUUGAGUGGGAUUUUGGGCCAGUGGGGCAAGGUAGCCUGUCCAUAGACUGAUCAGUUGGAGCAUUCCAGUUUUCAGCUUACUGCGCCUGUAUAUGUAACAACAGAUUAAUUGUUUCCAGAGCUCCUUAUUUUGAAAGGCUAACUGGCAGUUAAACUUUGCUGAAGUCUCUGUUGUAGACCAUUUUAAUCAAUGGACUGCAGUUUUGAAAGAAUGUGUGGUUUGGGAUUACAUCCCCACCAUGCCCACCACACACACACACACACACACACACACACACACACACACACAAACACACACCUACACCUGAAUACUUCACUUCUCAACCUGACUUUUGUGUUAAUGCUCCUUUGGGCAUUCCUAAUAUAUGCUCCUGUGCUGCUUGACCUCAAACUGAAGCUCUUGCCCUAAAUCCUCUGUGAUGGUAGCGCUGACACUGCAUCGUGGGCUUCCUGUGUCUUUGGCACAAACCCCUUCAGGCUAGUGCAUAAAAAUAACUUGCAACAUGGGUGUCUGAAAGGAGUUCUGCCUGGUUUUUUCUUUCCCUGGAGGGAAAAGUGCUGCCAUGUGCAGAAUGAGAGGAGUCUCUAAUGAGCUAAAGAGGAGUUCCUGGAGGAGAGUCGGAACUCACCCCUAACAUACGGAGUUCAACAUCAAGGGAGGAAAUUGAUUCAGUACAGCAUGAACUAUAAGCAUUAAUACUUCCCAGGAGGAGGACUGAGAUUUCAUCAUAACUAAUAAGAACACCAGGGUUUAUUUUUGCUUGGAUAAUUGUGCGGCCACUUGCAUUAUGGUUUGAUCCCUGUGGCUAGCUGGAAUAUGUUGAAGCCACUGGGGUUAAUGAAAGGGCACCUUUGAUCGGAAGGACAUUUGCUGAUGCAACUUUCACUCAUGAGAUAGUAACCUGAUUGGCAUUUAAAAUACUCCUGGAACAAUGAUACUUUUUCAUUUGCCCAUCCUCUGUAGCUUGACUAGUGCUAAAUCCGAUAUACUUUCCUCCGCUUAGCAUUGCAAAGAUUAAACUCAUGACUGCCUUUAUUAGCAUCUACAUUUGGAAUAUAUCCAGCAGGCCUCUGGAACUUAAAAUACUUUACUGAGGGAGAGAGAGAGAGAGAGAGAGAGAGAGAGAGAGAGAGAGAGAGAGAGAGAGAGAGAGAGAGAAAGGAAGAAAGCAGGGGGAAGGAAGGAUGGAAGGAAGGAUGGAGCUCCCGUCUGCCCCCCCAGCUCAGGCUGCUCCUUCCCCCCUCCCACAUUCCUGUUGCAGCGAAAACAGCCCAAUUUCCAUAACCCGCAGCGACUUUCCCCCUUCAGUUUUCGGAGGGAAAAAGUGUGGGUUAUGGUCCGUAAAAUACGGUAAAUUUUUUUUUGCUGGGGGGGGGAGCUGCCCCUCGCUGGGUACGCCCAUGAAUGGUUGCAGAGGCAGAUUUAGGGCACCAUGAGUGGUGGUGGGGGCACUGGGGAGUGCAACUGAGGAGGAUGCCUUCUCAAAGCCCAGUAAGCACUUGGCUGGCUUCAAAAAGGUGGCAUGAGGGCUCUGACAGGGUCCUAGAGUCCUCCUUCCCAAAGUGCUUACCAGGCUUUGAGAAGGAAGUAGGAGGACUCUGGGACCCUGCCGGCACCUCAGACCUCCCUCCCAAAGCCUGCUGCCUUGUUUUUAUGGCUUAAGCUGGGACCACGAAGCCUGGGGGGAGGGCGUCAAAUGUGGCCCUUGUAUAGGGCGGCAUAUUUUCAAGGUCCACCCUGAUGGUCGCCAUCUUCUAAUGCACAAGCGUGUGUUCUCCUAUGGCAUAAGUUAUGCAAAACAACCCCAAUUGGUGGGUGUCUUCAGCAGGUGGUGCAUAGAUGAGAGAUUGCAUAAACCAGGAGUUGGAAAUCUCCAGCCUGCAGGCUAGUCUUGGUCCUCAAGGUCAUUUCCUAUAAAUCACACCUACCUGCCAAUCAGCUGACAUCACUUGUGAUCAAUAGCAAUUCAGCCAAUGUCAAGAGUUCAUUGGCUGCAGAUGCAUUUUCCCAGUAUCCAGCCCACACAGCAGGAUUUAAGUGCCACUCAAGAUCUGACAAGUGGGGUUAAAUCCUGCUUAGCUUGUGAAUGUGUCUGUCUGCGUGUCUCUCGGUGGAUCUUGGUCCCUCCUCUGCGGUGCUUGUUUUUGUAGCCUUUGCUUGGACUACUGUAGCUGUGCUUCUGCAAGGUAACAUGAAAGUGUAAUGAUAAUGAGGACUGGUGGUUGCAGGAGCAGCCCUGGGCCUAGCAACCCAUGGUGCCUGCUCACCUGCAAGGGAAGCCUACAGCAAACAGUUGUGGGGGCUGGUACGUGGGAUGUCAUUGUGGCAACAGCACGUAUGCUCAGGCAGGGCUUGAGUGUGGCCCUUGACAUGGAGGGCUAUGUAGAGAUCUGGGGAUGACACUUCCAUGGAGUGGACAGUCUGUUUGCCGUUGCCACCAGCCCUGUUUGAAUGGGGUUCGUCCUGGGGAAUCUUCGCUUGCUCCCAGACCAACCUUGUGUUUGCCAGAUGUUCCUUGUGGGUGUUGGCUGCUGUGGUUCUCCAGAGCUUCUGCUGGGGAGAAAAGCUUGUGGGAGAAGUGUUAGCAUGAAGACACUGUUUGUUCCUCAUUUUGUUUAAAGUGGAGAGUUUCCCUAGUGCCCUUACCCAGCUACCUUGAGAACCCACCCCACCCCGAAGCUCAUAGGGCACCAUGCCACACCACAAGAAGCAAGAUGUGAAAGGAAGCUGGAUAGUGCCCAGCUUAUAGCCUAUUGGUGUUUUCCUCUGAUUGGCUGGGAGUUGUUCUAUAUCCAGAGUGCUCUUUCCAGCCGGUGAGGGAAUGUCCAGCAGGUAGACUUGGGCCUGAAUUUUCAGAAUUGAGCCCAUCACAUUGAUUUCUGCGAGGAAUUCUGAUUUUCACCACUAUUUUUGCCAGCAUAACUUUUGCCAAGUUUCUAGGCUGUGUGAAUGAGCUUAAGGAGUUUUGGAAUCAGCAUCUCUCUCCUUCCACAUUCCUGCCUCUGCCACAGCCUGCCAAAAUCCCUUUUAAGGAGUUUAUGUGGGCUGAAGUUACACCAGCUUACCUUACAUCAAUGCAGCCCUGGCUGAACCAGUGGGGGGGAGGACAUUUGCAUAUAUGUAGACCUAGCUGAGCCAAGACAGGCCAAAGAUGUGUUGGAACCACAACUGGAACACUGGCAGAUCUGGGGUUUGCAUUGCACAGUUAAGACUUUUAGAAAGCAUGUCAUGUAUUCAUGGAGUAGUUAUGCUAACCGGGAUAAAUCUGAAUGUUGACAGUUGUGAUAAAGUGGGAGAAUGCAGAGAAUAGAUUGUUGACAUUGGAAGCCACACUCCAAAAUUGUACUUUUUUAAUGCACUCAAUUAAAGCAGUGAUGAAUCAACAUUACUUGUCAAAACAUACAAAGUAAAUGUCAUUGAACCAAUGCAGCAAUGUGGUGUAGAUUAUUAUUUUCUCUUCUAGUAUGAACUAAGUGUACACAGUAGAUGCUUGAAAUACAUUGAAGUUGUUGUUUGUGUCUCAUUCUUGUGUUGCUGGUAUGCAGACCAGAGAGGGAGCAGGAUGUCCUUACCCAAUGCCCAUUACCUACCUUGUAUCCCUUGCUCCGAGUUCCAAUUCACUGAAGGUGUCCCCUGCACAUGCUCAUCUGAACUGUAGAAACCUCAGCUUAACUGUGACUUCCAUUUUCUAAUCAAAUGGAAGUAGGUUUUAGGAGAAGUGUGUCAAACAGGAGUAUUUCUACAGGAUACCAAUUGACUGUGGCUAAUACCAUAUGUAUUUGACUUUAUUUUAUUAUUAUUUAUUAAAAUUUUAUACUGCCCUUCAUCCGCAGAUCACGGGGCAAUUCACAACAUAAAAAUACAAAAUGCGAACACAAAACACAUAACAAAAACACAAAAGCAAACCAUUACCCCCCUCAACCCACGAACACACUUGAAAGGCCAUAGAUUGUUUAAUCAGCAAAAGGCUUGAUUAUAGAGAAACGUUUUCACCUGGUGCCUAAAGAGGUGGAAUGAAGGCGUCAGGCAAGCCUCCCUGGUUUAACACUAGCAGUGGGAGUGUGCUGGAGCUGGAGUAAGUGGUAAUGCUGGAGCUGGAGUAAGUGGUAAUGUAUGUCAGUUUUCUUUGCUCUCUCUCUCUAAAGCUGUUUCUCAUAGUCAAUACCAUCAUAUGGUAAAUUCAAUGAUGUAUCAGCAUUCAGACACAAAAAAUCUCAUUCUGCCAUGCAGAGGGGUAGCCAAGAAACUGGAACAAGAUACUAAUUCACAAAGUUCAAUGCAAGUGCACAGCUGAUAAAAUGCAAUGCACAAGUUUAAGGGACGCGUGUGGCGCUGUGGUCUAAACCACAGAGCCUAGGGCUUGCCGAUUGGAAGGUUGGCGGUGUCACGGCUAAAAAUUGGCCGCUGUUUCUUUAAUGCUGGGGAGCUGGGUCAGCAUGAGUCAGCAGCCUGCAGUGACUCAUGCAACCUUUCACCUAAUUGUAUUGUACCUGUAUAUAUGUUAGUGGUGUUUGUUGGUUCGUUGGUUGACUGUUUGGUUGGUUGGUUGGAGAAAGCUGGUGGUGUUGAUGUCUGUCGUUCUGCAGUUAAAGGCUUUUAAGAAUAAAAGCAGAAUAUACUCUGCAAGGACACUUUUCGUGGAGUCUUUUGUGCCAGGCAAAGCAGGUCAGAAGCUUUGGCAUAUUUUUUCAAAACACUGACAGGUUAUGGGCCCAGUGUUUCUGAGCAUGUGCAGAGCGCAAAACGACUAACAGCAUCUCAGCAGGGAGCUGGUGAGUCCUGGUGGUGCAUUGAGCCAGUGGCUGUGCGUUGGAGCAGUUGGUGACAAGCUGUAACUGUCUGCAGCGACGCUGGAGCAGCAGGAAGGCACCCAGCAUGGGCUACUGGAGCAGCUUGACUCGCUACAGGACCGCAGCAGGCGACUCACAGAGCGGCUACAUUGGUUGCAGAGCCAGGUGGAACCUGAGGGUCAACAGAGGCAGCAGCUAGAAGCCGGUGAGUGCCAGCCAGGACCAUCCAGUCAGACUCUAAAGAGAGAGUCAGGAGAGAUUGCUGGAGGCCCUUCUGAAGGGGCUCAGCAAGCACCAGCAGAGAUGGCAGAUUUCCAGUCUUCCCAAGUUGUAAAUAUUGGGGGAGGCAUUCCUUUUAAACUUCUCUCAGAAAGCAACUGGCUGAGUUGGUCAAUAAGAAUGGAGUUGUUGCUAAGGAGAGAUGGACUAUGGGACUGUGUUGAGACUGAGGUUUCAAGAUGGGACUCUGCUAAUAAAAAACGACUGGAUGAAAGGGCUCGUACCCAAAUUAUGUUGUGUUUGAGCAACUCCCAGGUACUGCAUGUUGCGAAUGCCAGCACAGCGUUUGAGUGCUGGAAUUUAUUAAAGGCAGUGCAUGUCAGAGAAACUGCUGGAACCAUCAUUUCUCUGACCAGAAGGCUGUUCAGGACUGUUAUGAAAGAAGGUGAGAGUUUGACAACUCAUCUUCAAAUGCUGAAAUCUCUGUUUCUACAACUACAGCAGAGAGGUAAGCGUUAUGAUGAAACUGAUCAAACAUACAUUAUUCUUUCGAGUUUGCCUGAUAGCUGGAUGCCCGUGAUUAACAGCAUGGAGAGUAUGCGUCCCCGAGAUCUGACCCUUGAGUAUGUGGUUGGAAGAUUGACCGAGGAAGCAGAGAGAAGGUCAGAUAGACAGGCUGAACUCCAAGAGAGGAGGAGUUACAGCCGAGGGGGCCAGCAGCAGAAUCUGCCAAAGGAGCAAAGUCAAGAUUUGGACUUGGCCAUGGCAGUGAGGAGGUGCCUAAGAUGCAACCAACCAGGGCAUCUCCAGCGUCAAUGCAGGGCAAGACUUCCAGGAGAUGACGUGGAGCAGAGACAGCAAUCGACACAGAAACGUAAGCAGAAGGGGAAGAAGAACACGUGUUCUGCUCAGUUUGUUUCUGCAUUUUCUCGAGAGGAGAGGAAGAUACCUCGCGGAACGUGGUUGCUGGACUCUGGCAGCAGCAGCAUAAUCUGCAACAAUCGGAAGGACUUUAAGACCCUGGGGAAGCCAGUCGAUGGAAAAGACUCUAUCUAUCUUGCUGAUGGUCAUAAAAGCAAGAUUAAUGGCCAGGGAACAUGUUUCCUGCAGUGUUUGAACACUACUCUGCCAGAGACUCUGUAUGUAAGCAGUUUGGACUAUUGUUUACUGUCUGUAAGUUGUUUGAUUAAAGCAGGGUAUAGUGUUGAGUUCACGCAGGAUGGUUGUCUGAUAAAGAAAGGAACUCAGGUAUGUGGCCAUGCAAAGAUAGAAAAUGGGCUAUAUGUAAUGCAAGAUAAGCCUGUUAAAGCAGCCCAGGUGGUUCAAGAGAAUUUGCCAGUUCAUAAGGGGUGUAUACAUGAACUACAUAGGAAACUGGGUCAUGCAAAUUUUCGUGUACUUUCAGAGAUGCAAAAGGGUGUGCAAGAACCUAAAAGUAAAAAGCUGUAACUGUUUCUUAGACUGCAAUGUAUGCAAAAUGGCCAAAUCUAAGAGGAAGCCUGUUGUUUCUAAAAGUGACAGAGUAUCUAAAGAGGUUUUAGAACUUGUCCAUUGUGACGUGAUAGGCCCUUUUCCACAGAAGACUGAAGGGGGCACCAGAUAUGCUUUUCUGGUGAUAGAUGAUAAAUCACGUUUUAGUUGGCUGUUUUUGCUAAAACAGAAGUCAGAGUGUUUCCCCACAUUCAGAGAAUGGGUUGCCCAAGCUGAAAGGCUCUUCAAUCGCCCUGUUGUGCAGUUGCAAACAGAUAGGGGCGGGGAAUUUUUGAAUAAACAGUUUGGGGCAUGGUUGAGACGUAAGGGGAUCACUCAUCGUUUAACUAACCCUUAUAGUCCUGCAGAAAAUGGUCUGUGUGAAAGACGUGGGGCUGUAAUACAAUCAGUAAAGGACUGUCUGCUAGUGGAUGCAGGAUUAGGUCACAACCAUAGGCUGUGGGGUGAAGCUUUUCUCACAGCGAACUUCCUGAUUAAUAGAACCUGGUCUAGCUCUAUAAAGGAUAUUCCUUAUCGUGUGUUGUUUGGGAAAGAACCAGAGUGGACUAUGCUCCAUAAUUGGGGUGCUUGGGCACAUGUAAAUAUCCCCAAAGCUCAGCGCCAAAAAGGGGGUGCUAGAGCACAGAGACUGCGUUUUGUGGGAUAUCAGUCCUAUGGCAAAGGGUGGCGUUUCAAUUUACGCCCAGGACGCGUGGUUCUGUCACGAAGUGCAGACUUCGCUGACCAGGACAGGUGGACCAUGAUCCACGCGAACCCAGAUUGCCUACUGCCCCUGCAAGUAAGAGAGGAGGUUUCUUCUCAGCCAUUGGCAACACAGGAGCAGGAUGAGGAGGAGGCACAGAUUUCCCCAAAAGAUGUGGCAAUAGAUGAUACUUCUUCUCCAGAGGUAGAGGAAGAAGAGCCAGAGAUAAGUGAGCAGGAAGAAGUAGUUUUGCCUAGACGCUCUAAGCGUUCAAACAAGGGUGUACCUCCUCAGCGUUUGACCCUAGGAGUGAGAGCAUGUAAUAUGAAUUGUGUAGAGCCACAAAGUUAUGAUGAAGUCUUAAACUUACCCCCUGGGGAACGUGCUUUGUGGCAACAAGCUAUGAAAGAAGAAAUGGACUCUUUUAAACGAAACAAAGUGUUUGAGGUCAUAGUGCCGCCACCUGGUGGCAGAGUGGUGUCAUGCAAGUGGGUCUACAAAAGAAAAACCCUUGCAUCUGGAGAGCCACGUUUCAGAGCCAGAUUAGUAGCCAGAGGGUUCACUCAGAUUAAAGGGGAGAGCUAUGACGAAGUGUUUUCUCCCACUUUAAGGAGUGAAACUUUUCGUUUAAUGCUUUCCAUUGCUGCUGUAAGAAAACUAGCAGUCCACCAUUUUGAUGUUGAUGCUGCAUAUUUGCAUGCAAAUUUAGAUCAUGAAGUGUUAAUGAAACAACCCCCAGGUUUUGAAGAGAGGAAUGGUGCAGUGUGGCGUUUAAAAAAGGCUGUUUAUGGACUCAAACAAAGUGGAAGAUGUUGGAACCAAUGUUUAAAUCAAGCCCUUGUAAAACUAGGUUUUAAAAAGAGUGUGGCUGAUCCAUGCCUGUACACCAAGGGGACAGGCGACAAAUAUCUAAUGCUCUUAGUCUUUGUAGAUGAUUUGCUUGUAGCAGGGAGUUCCACAGAUGAAAUCCAGAAGCUCACUAGUCAGCUGGAAAAGAGAUUUAAGCUUAAAGCCUUGGGGCCUGUAAGCAAUUACUUGGGAGUAGAAGUAAGGCGAGAAGCUGAUGGAAGCUUUCUAUUGAGCCAGAAAGAGAAAAUUAAUCAUCUGAUAGAGCAGUUUGGUAUAGAAAACUGCAAACCAGUUCAAACUCCCAUGAUACCAGAUUUCACAAAGAUAGUGUGUGAUGAUGAAUUUGAUCAGCCUGAGUUGUAUCACUCAAAAAUAGGAUCAUUGCUGUAUUUAAGCCAGUGGUCAAGGCCAGACAUUGCAUGUGCUACAAAUGUUCUGAGCCAACGUGUAUCUAAACCCAGUACUGUUGAUUGGUGUGGUUUGAAAAGGCUUAUCCGAUAUCUAAAGGGGACAUCAAGUGUAUGUUUAAAGAUAUCUAGUACACAAUAUGAGAGGCUAGAGGUAUUUGUUGAUGCAGACUGGGGGAGCUGCGUAACUACCAGAAAAUCUACAAGUGGAAUGGUUGUGAUGUUUGCCAAUUCCAUAAUUGGAUGGCGGUCCAAGAAACAAGGAUUUGUAGCAACUUCAUCCUGUGACGCAGAAUAUGGGAGCCUGUCGCUAGCAUGCAAUGAAAUUGUGUGGUUUAUACAGAUUCUAAAAGAUCUAGAUUGUAAAGUAGAUUUGCCUAUCCAAGUGUAUGAAGAUAGUCAAUCAUGCAUUGCAUUAGCGGGCUCAGAAAUGAUGAAAUCCACAUCAAAACAUAUUGCCAUCCGUUAUGCAAACGUUAGAGAUUGUGUACAGAAUGGGUUAAUCAAACUGGAGUAUUGUCAAUCACAAGAUAAUAUUGCUGAUUUGUUUACCAAGCCUUUGCCAGCAACAUGUCAUAAGGAAUUGAUGACAAAACUGGGUUUAUGUAUAUAGUAUAUGUAUGUUUUGUUUUUCUAUUGGAGUUUUUGCAUUUAAAGAAACAGAAGGGGUGUCACGGCUAAAAAUUGGCCGCUGUUUCUUUAAUGCUGGGGAGCUGGGUCAGCAUGAGUCAGCAGCCUGCAGUGACUCAUGCAACCUUUCACCUAAUUGUAUUGUACCUGUAUAUAUGUUAGUGGUGUUUGUUGGUUCGUUGGUUGACUGUUUGGUUGGUUGGUUGGAGAAAGCUGGUGGUGUUGAUGUCUGUCGUUCUGCAGUUAAAGGCUUUUAAGAAUAAAAGCAGAAUAUACUCUGCAAGGACACUUUUCGUGGAGUCUUUUGUGCCAGGCAAAGCAGGUCAGAAGCUUUGGCAUAUUUUUUCAAAACACUGAAAUCCCCGUGAUGGGGUGAGCUCCCAUUGUUCAGUCCCAGCUCCUGCCCACCUAGCAGUUUGAAAGCAUGUCAAAGUGCAAGUAGAUAAAUAGGGGAGGUAAACGGCGUUUCCGUGCGCUGCUCUGGUUCACCAGAAGCAGCUUAGUCAUGCUGGCCACAUGACCUGGAAGCUGUCUGUGGACAAAUGCCAGCUUCCUCGGCCUAUAGAGCGAGAUGAGCGCCGCAACCCCAGAGUCGUCCACAACUGGACCUAACGGUCAGGGGUACCUUUAUCUUUUAUACCACAAGUUUAAAAGCACCACCUUAUUUUCCUCCUGCCAGUUUCUUUGGAGAACCUUCGGCAGGGUGAGAAAAAUAACCCGCCCCAUUACCACUUAAGAUGAAACCACCUAUCCAAGCAUGCAGAGCCAUGUACAGAUACAGGCAUACCUCAGAGAUAUUGUGGGUUUAGUUCCAGACCUCUGUAAUAAAGCAAAUACUGCAAUAAAGUGGGUCACUUUUGCUUUUGCAGUGCAUAUAAAAGUUAUGUUUACAUUAUACUGUAGUCUGUUACGCCAGCCGCCACCCUGACUGCAGGAACGGGAAGGGGAAAAAAUCAGCUCCAACCAUAGUUAGUGGCACAAUUCAACGUGACACCAUUCACGCAAUGAGCAAGUGCAUUAUUUUUUCUUGAGGAAAUAGUAGGCAU